UUUGCAGAAAUCUUAUGAAGUUAGAAAAUCGUUUUUGGACAAUUCAGAUAGACCAGAUGCGUACAAUUGGUUUGUUAUGCAGCAAUUACCCUACCAAAUCAUCGCAAGAAUGCAGCUCUCAUGACUUGUGUUCUGCCCUGGGAUUGAGUGUGCUGUGUGAGAGAAGUAAUGAUGCGAGUUAAUGAAGCAAGGAAAUAUUUACUUCAGUAUUUUAUUGAAUUGAAAGUACUCCAUGGGCUCCUUAUCAAUGGAACACUGCAAGUUUGGAUGAGGGAUGUUAUUGCUGUCCUCGACUCUUGUAUCGAGCUGCAUGGACUUCCAAGGUAAAGUGAUGCAGUUUAAUUGAUAGAGUAGUAAAUGACCUAAAUUAGGGAGAGAGUUUCAUCUUCUGAUUUACGAGUAAAAUUAAAUUUAUAAGCAGCUGAAUGAUGGACUUGUGCCAUUCUUAAAGAAGCUAACUUGGGUAAGCUAAACAAGGUUGCAUCAGAAGAAAGCUCAGCUCGCAUUCCUCAAUGGCAUGGAUACAUGUUUGUAUUGAGUCCGCAUCUGGCCAAGCAAAAUUUACAUCCCAUGUGAAAUCUUGAUCAAAUUACACCUAGUAAUUGCAUGCACAGUAGCAAUUACCAAUCAAUGGUGGUUAAAGUGGCCUGUCUAGGUCUUGAGAUCGAGUCUCAUGAAUAAAAAAUUAACCCGACUCGACCGGACCGGAUUAGUUGAGGUUUCAUAAAUUUCUAAAUACCGGAUUUAAACUUAAAAAAACAAGAGAAAGGCUCAUGCUAUUAAUAGUAGGUUGGUGGCAGGAUUGUAAGCAACUGUGAGAAAGUGACUGCUCUGCAGCUCUGGCAUGAAAAUGUAAAUGCACCUUAUCUUGCUAUUAGCUGGGUGUUGGUCCCUAGGCACCAACCUCACAGCACGUUUAGGGUCCACGCAUCUCACACAUAUAAAUGCAAGGAGGGAUGAUUCCAUGGAGGAUUUAAUUGCAUCACGAGAAUAUCAUUCAUUUCUUUCUAUUUACGUAUAAAUUCUUUGUUCUAGAUUGAAAUCCAAACAAUCUCAAAGUAUUAAACAAGACAAGGCUUAUUUCUGAUCUAGGAAGCAUGGCAAGAAUCUGUGGCAAAAGCUCAAGAUAUUUUGUCCAUUGAUACAACGCAAGCAACGAGGACCGUUGGCUUCAAGGGUCCAAAAUUCAAAGGAAAAUAAAAAAAUGGCUAACUGCUAUUAAGUGGUGGUUGAGUAACAUGGAUUAUAGGAAUAAUUAGCCUUUUCCACCAACCACGCUACCUUUAGCUUUGCACGUAAUCAAAUAGAACUGCACUUUAGACUACAAAGAGUCAAAAUAUAUAAAGCGUUCAUGAUCACUGGGAAGGAAGGGAGGAAGGAUUCCCUAGUCUUCUUCUCUCUUGCUCUUUAUUUAUUAUUCAUCUUUUGCUGCUCAAGUGGCAUGUCUUUUCUGUUCAUGGUAGAGGCAUAAAUUGGAUCUCUAUUCACACCAGUAUCUACCAUUGAUCUAUCAUCUUAAAAUCCUGUGGUUGCUGUGGCUUCUAAGAACUUGUUUCUUGAAGACACAGACGAAAAGAGAAGGCACUGUGUGUAACUUUGCCUUCAGCUCUACUGUCUUUAUCUCUUGUCAGCCUUGAGGAACCUUCAGCUGUCUUUAUCUUCCCUAUCUGUACUUGUAAGACACUUUUAGGGAAGAAAAGAAACCAAACAGAAUAGAGCUUUGUCUGUUCUUUCAGUCAGGGUCACUAAGAGAUAAACAAGACCUUUUCUCUGCGAUACAAUACUAAAGCAGCAGCAAAUGCAGCUAAGAGAAUCCAUUCAUAACACCAAGAAGUUCCUUCACAAUACUAUCCAAAACCUCAAGUCUAUCCUCUUUGGUGGGUACCACAAGCUAACCAAGCACGGUUCUUUCAACCCCUUCUCGUGCGGCGGCGGAGGCAAUGUGAAGAAUUACCAGACAGAUCAGUACUAUGAAGAUUUUUGCAACGAAUGGGAGUGUGAUCUGGAAAAGGCAAUGAAGAGAAAGGGCAGUGGUUUAAUGGCGUCAAAAGAGCCUAUGAGAGAUGAAGAUGUGAGUAAUGAAACUGGCAGGAACCUUGCCAAUGGUCCGCAGAGGAAGAAACAAGGAAAGGAAGCGAAGAAUAAGAAGAUUUUUCGUCCAAAAAAAGCAGAAGAAAAAAGCUCAAAGAACAUGAAUGAAAGCGGUUACGUCUUAGCACAGAAGAUGAAGGAAUUGGAAAUGAUGGAUGUCAGUAAUGUAGAACAUGUUUUGGAUGUAGAGGAGGCACUCCACUACUAUUCUCGUCUCAAAAGUCCUGUGUACCAGGACAUUGUCGACAAAUUUUUCACCAACAUGUAUACAGAAUUUUCUGUACCACAGGCGUCUGCCAGCAUCAACAGUUCAAAGCGAAGAAUCGAAUCAAUUAGGCUAUAGCUUCCAAUGUUCGUGAGUUAUUUCUUGUGCAUAUGGAUUAUAUUUUCUUGUUUGUAUUCUUCUGAGUGUGCCUUGUUUACAAAAUGAUUUUGAUAUUCAUCUUUGUAGAAUAUUGUUUACCUGGAUUGCUAUGCUUGAGCCUGUUUUUUACUCAAGGAUCCAAAAUAUGUUUCAGAACUUGGGUUUGAGAAUUAACCUGCCUUAAAGGGCAGGUGUAUUGUUAAUUUAAA